CUCUUGGUGCCUGCGUCACGAUGCCACCCUCUACGCGCAUACCACCGCUCCUACAACCCUACGUCCAGCUACCCCGCGACGAUUCGAUCCUCUUGCUCACGAGUACCCUUGGCGCCAGUGCGAAUUGGCUGCUCAUCCGGUUCCUCUGCAAUGCGCUGAGCACCACAGCACCGCAAGAUGGUGGGGGUGAGGGACACAACGUCGUCCUCGUGUCAUGGAUGAGAGAACAUGAUUUCUGGAGGCAAGAGGCUAGAAAAGGCGCAGCCUUGGAUGUUGAGAAGCUGGCCAAGGAGGGACGGUUCGCCUUUGUUGACGGACUGAUUGCUGGUGGAAAUGAGACCAACGACAGCACGCCCAGCAGAGACUCGCAGACCAGUGUGCAGACAUCAUCAAGAACUACUGUUUCGAAUGCGAUACCAGCGCAGAGAGGGCCACAGAUUCUGCCUGCGCGAGGGCCGCCUGGACGGAUAGUGCCUGCGAGAGGGCCGCCUCCAUCAGCUCCAGCCACCAACACCCCGAGUGCGCCAGCGAGUGCCAGUCAGAGCACACCAGGCCGGUAUACGCUUAAGAGCCUCGAGAUUGCCGACAUCAAGAUGACCAUCUCUCGCGCCGUGGCCUUGCUGGCUACGUCAGCCACUCAACGGAAGACGCUCCUCAUCUUCGACAACCCCGAUCUACUCCUCGCGCUGAACCCGGCAAUCACGCCCUCUGACUUCACCUCCCUUAUGCUACAGCUUCAUACGCUACCCAAUGUAUCGCAUGUCCUCACGCAUAUACAGGCCGACAACCCGCUCCUCAGCCUCUCCACACCUCCCCAGCCACUCGAAGUGGCGCAUCACAACCUGCUUGUCAAGUGCGCACACAUGAGCAGGAGGAUACUCGGGGUAAGGAUAUUGGACACUGGUGUUGCGAGGGACGUUAGCGGUGUGAUACGCAUUACUGAGCAGAGAAAGCAAUGGUUUGACGUCGGUUUCGGUAUCGAAGAAGACAAGGAAGGUGAUGAUGGCGGGAGGGGGAAGGAGUUCUUAUAUCAGGUCAAGAGCGAUGGUAGCGUGCGGGUGUUCGAGCGUGGUGCUGGCGGCGAGGGCUGAGACCCUGCAUUUCGCUGCCCGAGGAGUGGCUCAUGAAGCUACAUCCUUCAAGGACACUGUAGGAUCCUAGCUUCUUGUGGAUGUGACACAAGGAAGAAUAUGAACGGAAGUGUUCUAGCUGCAUAGGGUAUGCUGCUCGCCAUACAAUGAAAAAGACACACAACACCAAUGCUUACUGUUCAUUGUUGGAAACCAAGUCCACGGUCUCAUAACGGACAUACCCGAAACUCACAU